CAAUCUCAAAUCAAACCAAUUCAUUCAUUCAUUUUCUCAACUCUAUCUAGCUCCACCAAAAACCAAUAAAGUUUCUGCUUCUUCUUCAACCAACAAUACAUAUAAUAAUGGAUCAAGAGAUUGAAGUUUCACCAUUUUUCCUAUGCCCCAUUUCAUUACAACUCAUGAAGGAUCCAGUUACUGUCUCAACCGGCAUAACCUACGACAGACAAAGUAUCGAAAAAUGGCUCUUUUCAUCACAAAACCAAACAUGUCCUGUCACUAAACAACAACUCACACAUGAUGACAAUGAUCUCAUUAUUCUGACACCAAAUCACACUCUUCGCAGACUCAUUCAAGCAUGGUGUACCAUUAACACUUCUUAUGGAAUCCAAAGAAUCCCAACUCCAAAACCACCAACAACAAAAUCCCUUAUUGAGAAACAUCUUAAAGAUGCUUCUGAUUCUUCAGAUUCACCUCAUUUGCUUAUUCAAUCCCUCAAAAACCUCAAAACAAUAGCUUCCGAAAGCGAGACAAAUCGAAGGUGUAUCGAAUCAGCUGGCGCAGUAGAGUUCUUAGCAUCAAUAGUAACAAAAAACAAUACAAGUUCUUCAUCUUCAUGUUCAAGUUCAACAACAGAAUUUGAAGUUGAAUCUACCAUUCUUGAUGAUGAUGAUAUUGAAGGGUUUCCUUUUGACUUCAGAGUAGAUGCAGAAGAUGAAGCUAUAAACAUUCUUUACAAUCUUCAUUUAACAGAACAAGGUUUGAUAACUCUUCUAAACUUUAAAAAUGGAGAAUUUUUAGAGUCUUUAUUGAGAUUACUGCAAAAGGCUAACUAUGAUUCAAGAACAUAUUCAGUUUAUCUCUUGAAAUCUAUGUCAAAAGUUGCUGAUCCAACAAAACUCGUGAAUCUAAAGACCGAGUUUUUCGUUGAAUUAGUUCAGCUUCUCAAAGACCAGAUAUCAACAAAGGCAUCAAAAGCAACACUACAAACAUUGAUUCAACUCGUCGAAUUCGGAAGAAAUAGAAUAAAAGCAAUUGAAUCAGGGUGUGUUAAUGUUUUGAUAGAACUUCUUCUUGAUUGCAAAGAAAGAAAGCCAUGUGAGAUGAUAUUGGUACUUUUGGAGAAGUUGUGUCAAUGUGCUGAUGGAAGAUAUGAGCUAUUAAGCCAUGGAUGUGGUUUAGCUAUUGUUUCAAAGAAGAUUCUGAGGGUUUCAACAUUGGCUAAUGAUAGAGCUGUGAGGAUUCUUCUAUCUAUUUCAAGAUUCUCAGCUACACAUUUUGUUGUUCAAGAAAUGGUGAGAAUUGGUGUUGUUGCUAAGCUCUGUUUGGUUCUUGAAGUUGAUAGUGGAAAUAAGGCUAAGGAAAAAGCAAGAGAGAUACUUAAAUUGCAUGCAAAGUCUUGGAGGAAUUCUCAUUGCAUUCCUUUUAAUUUACUUGCUUCAUACCCAACAAGUUAAGUUGGUGAAAAAGUCCUUUUUUUUUUUACAAUGAGUAGGGGAUCGAACCCAUGACCUAUAGCAUACUACCCAAAUCCCUCACCACUAGACCAAACUGGUGAAAAAGUCAUUAAUUAGAGGGUUUUUGUUUUCCUAUUUAGGUUUUUUUAUUUUUUUUUGUAGAAAUUUGUUUGAAGAACAUUAACUGGAAGAUGGGAAAGUUGUGGACAUAAAUUAAAUAUUGCUUGUCCAUGAAGAAUGAGGUUAAUUGUUUAUUGUAAAUGACUAAUCAUAUUGAUACAACAAAGUUGUUUAUUAUGCCAA